AUGUACAACUACGACCCUACGCCUCCGGUGUCUCCCCUCCGUCACCUCCCCUCCCUCCCAAUCAUUUGCACGCCGUUGGACAUCCGUCGCUCAGACACUGCAACCCCCAUGGGCCGGCGGUCUAUUGGAGAUGAUAGCGACAUUACACCCCGACCCCUGGGCAUUAGGAAGAUUAAAAAAUCGCCCUCAAUGCUCUUCCGCAAGAAAUGCAGAGGCGGGCGGGGGGGAGAGGAUAAAGAUAGAGAAUCGAAGAGAGGGUUUCUUGGAAUGAGCUUUCCGCCAAGCCCUAGGGCUCGCAGUUCUUCUGCAGGCGUACUGGAUAAGGAUAAAGAAAAGGAUAAGCUUGAUAGGGGUGGAGCUCUUAACAAUCCCCAGUGCCCUGCUGGCGGGAAUGCCCAAGGAUCAAACCCUAGUGCGGAGAGGAUGUCCCGGCCGCAAUGGCCUGCUGCGGGACAAAUGGGGGGCGUCCCGUACCGUGACGGGGGAACUCAUUCCCAUCACCGCGAAAAUUUCCCACCGAUGGAGCAAAAUCAUCUGGAAGGGCGCGAGUCUCGCAGAUCCUCUAGUCAUGCUGGAAGGAAUGUCCGCUUACUGCCUCACUGUAAGAGUCAAUUCGCAGACAGCAGGCAGGGGAAAAGUACAUUCUUGCGAAGGGCAGCAAGUACCAGUGCGAAAUAUGACAAGAUGGCGAGGCAGAGGCUUGAGCAGAGAAGAUUGGGGGCAGUGAGUCGGGUCCUUGAGGAGACUGUCCCACCAAAGUCCCCACCAAGGGGAUGGAGGCAAAUGGCCAUGGAUUUAUUCCAAGGUGGUAAUGGCAAUUGCGGACAGGCUGUCGUCAAGCGGGUCAACUCUAGAAAAAGGGAGAGAAGUGACAGCAUAUCUUCCACAAAAUCCGUUCUCACGUACGCCACGCCACCGGAAGCCCCCCCCACCGAACCAGACGCCGCAAGCGACGUGGGAAAACGAGCCGGCGGGAACCCCCCAGGGAAUAUCGGAGCGAGCGGCACACGGCAGUUGGACGGCCUGGAUAGACCGGGACACCCCUCCCACAACAGGAGGAGCACCCCACCUCGCGGUGCUGUCCACGAUACCAGUGUUCUUGCAGUUAUUGAUGGCAAUCUCGGUGGGAAGAAUAGAACCAGAUCGCGAAAAUGCGGACAGUGGAAGCCACCAAUGUUAGUUAUAGACUUGGUCGUCACUCCCGAACGGGAUGCACUUCCUAUACAUAGAAGUCAAUCUAGGGAGCGGAAUGAGUUUUGGAUAUCGGUUGAGAUUGAGGGUAAAGUGAACAGUAGUGCCGGAUAUUCCGGGCAGCCGCAAGGUGUGGGCUUGGAUGUCGGUGUUUUGAUGGAUUUAUCGUGAGAUCUCCUUUCUAUCCGCUUUGCAAUCGCUGACAAAGGUAGUCCAUAUACGUCCCGUACAUCUUUUUCGAGUAUGAAGUCGAAGGCGAAGCGAAUCGUAGAGUCAAUGGAGAGUGCAAGGGAUAGAGUCGCCGUAAUGACCUUUCCAUGCGCUUUUCCAAAUAGCGUAUACACUCUCAAUGCCUCCGGAAGCGUGGCAAGACAGCAGUUACUUGAAGAUAUUAUGUCUCUUUCCCUCCCGCAGACAAGCAUCCCGCCAUCGUCUCGCAACGUUAAGGAAGCGUUAAUGGCCGCAAUUAGGAAAUUGAAGGCAAUGCCUUCUGAUGCGACGAGAUAUCCGCGGGCAGAAAGAAGUGCGCAUUUAUUCUUGUUGACCUCUCAGUUAAACGAUGGCGCUAUAGAUUUGCUCCCGGAGGUGUUCAUGGGACAGGUGCAAAUUCAUAUUCUCGGCAUUGGACCCGUAUUCUGGCCCAGAAACGAAAUGGGGUCUUCUGGGUGGUGUGUCCCGCUGAGCACUUUCGGCCCGAGGCCCAACAGCAAUGUUGGUCAUAGUGGGGAAAGGUCUGUUACUGUGGAAGAGAUCAUAUCGACCUUAAGAACUGCUGUGGAUCUUGGUGAAGCGCAGAACAUAGUCGUCCAUCUACACCGGGCAGGAGAUUCACGAAUCCUCGAGGUGAUUGGUGACACCGAAUACCCCCGCCUCGUCCCUGGAGAAAAGCGAAGCCUCCUCAUCAAAGUCGAUCCAGGGGGGCCCAUAAACCUUACCGCAGCCCACGACAACGCCAGGAGCCCAACUGACGAGUGGUCGUUUGUUGAGCAACAAAUCAGCUCGAUUCAAGCUGACCUCGGUGUCUACGAAACCCCCCUCCUGACCGUAACACUCACAUACCAGCACAACAACUACCCCCCCAGCACCACCCUUUCCAUUUCCAAAACCGCAAUAGUGCACCGCUACAACGAGCACUCCCAUUGGCACUCCUCCCCCGCACUGAAAACGCAGCUCUUGGGCUCCCCCGAGAAUUCACCAAAACGGGUAAUCACUCACAGGGAAUACGUGUACCGGAUCCGCAGCCUCAUGGCCGCGAGCAUGUACUCCAACCCGGACCGUGCACUUUCCGAAAUUCAAGGUAUUUGUGCCGGCGUGCGGAAAGCUGAGGCGAGGGUUGAUGUACACGAUAUUUCCAGAGAAUUGGCGUAUAGGGCGAGAAUGGAAAAGCGGUUUUCGCAGUCAAUCACCGCUGUUACCAGCGGUGGGUGUGUAGGACACGUGCCAACGGGCCGAAGCAGUAGGAGAAACUUGAGCUUCGCGAGUGACGCUACAGACGAAGUCCUCACAUACUGGCGCGAUGGGGAACUGCUUUCUUCCCCACUAGUGCGACUCUCCGAUGAAGUGCCCCUUGUUAGGCUUGGCUUGGAAGAGUGGGAUGCUGAGGUUGAAGAUGGGACGGAGGAGGAUAUGGACGAGGCACAAAAGAUUUGGAGGGAUAUAAAGCUUAAGAAGUAUGGUUCAGCAGAUGUGGGGAGUAUCGGGCGGGUGAGGUUUUCGACUGAUAGCUCUGAGAAUGCGAAUGGUGGCGGUACCGGAGGCAAGAGUCUGGUUACACUCAGGGAUGUUAAGGAGACGGACUUUGGGCCUUGGAGGGUUUAG